CUGGCUUGUGAUAUGUGAAAGGAUCUGAGACAUUUGCUCACGCCGAAUAAAUGUCGUAUUAGGCCUAUGCACUUUAUGUCGACGAAUUAUUUCGUCAUAUGUAUUUUUUAAAUCGUCAUGCCCAAGAGACCAAACUGACGCGAAUAUCGGUGCAUCACAAACCGUGGAUAGCUGCAGAUAGACACAUGGCCAACAAAUGUUUUUGUGUGCACGUGAAACGUCCAGGAAUUACCUCUUUGCUCGAACCCAAUGAUUGAAACUGUGCAGCUGCGAAGCCCACUUCGACAUUACUAGUUAAAUGAAAUAUUGAACUAAAAUUUACAUAUAAUUUACUUCCUCGUAACAGAUUUCCGGGUAUCGGUCAACUCGGAAGUUGUAAGUGGCGAUUGGUUUAAUUCAAAAUCCUUGUGUCCAAUACUCGAGCAGCUUCAGCGCGGGCUCAUCCCCGUUUCACGAAUCAGCGCUGCCGCGUCAGGAUAUAAAUGCGCACUCGCGCUCAUCCGACUACUCUUUCGUCCAAAAUAACCUAGCGUCAAAAUGGCAAGAACUAAGCAGACAGCCCGUAAAUCCACCGGUGGAAAAGCUCCGAGGAAGCAGUUGGCUACAAAAGCUGCCCGCAAGAGUGCCCCGGCCACCGGCGGUGUGAAGAAACCUCAUCGUUACAGGCCCGGUACCGUGGCCCUUCGCGAGAUCCGCCGCUAUCAGAAGUCUACCGAAUUGCUCAUCCGCAAGCUACCCUUCCAGCGAUUGGUCAGGGAAAUUGCUCAAGAUUUCAAAACCGACCUGCGCUUCCAGAGCUCGGCCGUCAUGGCGCUUCAGGAGUCCAGUGAGGCCUAUCUUGUCGGCCUCUUUGAAGACACCAAUCUGUGCGCCAUUCACGCCAAGCGGGUCACUAUCAUGCCCAAAGACAUCCAGCUGGCUCGUCGCAUCCGCGGAGAGCGAGCUUAAGCUUCCGUUCUAAAACCAAAAUGGCUCUUUUAAGAGCCACAAUAUUUUCAUCUGAAAGCUUGUAUUCCUAGUAGUUUUAUCGCUUUGCAAACUAGUAUU